UCCUCCUCCUCCUCCUGCUUGCAGGAGAUGGGGAGGGUAGAAGUCAAGGAGUCAGCGCUCUGCCAUUGUUCUUCUUCUGGAGGUCCGGGAGCGCAGCGCUGGUCGUGGUACCAGACGGACGGCGGUCUGUCGUUAUGACGGGCUCCGGUCCGAAGCUCGGGGUUCUGCUGCUGGUGGCGGUUCUGCUGCAGACCGUGGUCGUCACCAUCACCGUGCUGCACUUCACCACGGCGCUCAACUCGAUGAAGGAGACGUUCGCCCGGAGCAGCGUUUCUUGUCUGAUCGGCGCCGACCUCCAGAGCAUCACAGCCGUCCGAGGGGAUCCGUGCUGGCAGGUCACCCAGCAGCUUCACCUGCUCAUCGAGAAGUCUUUGUCUCAGAGAUACCAGAGGCAGAUUUCUUCAGCAGUGAGAGAUGAAGUAUCUCGGGUGCUGCCCUCACUUAUGAUGGAGGACAGGACUUCGCCUCGCCCCAAAGUCGCAGCUCAUGUCACUGGCAGCUUCGUGCCCAAACUGGAGCGAGAGGAAGGAGCUCCGGUGUUUGCCGGUCGGAGAGUCCAGGGCCAGAAGAUCUCGUGGUGGGAGGGCCAGAAGGGGUUGGCAUUCCUCCAGGACGUCCAGCUGGUGGACGGGGAGCUGGUGGUGCCUCAGCCCGGCCUCUACUAUGUCUACGCCCAGACCUACUUCAGACACACCCACUCCCUGGAGGAGGACGGCGAGGACGGCGAGGAGGCGGAGGACCGGGGGAAACCUCUGCUGCAGUACGUCUACAAAAAGGUGAGCUCCUACCCGGUUCCCAUCCUGCUGAUGAAGACGAGCCGGACCUCCUGCUGGUCCCGGGGCUCCCAGUUCUCGCUGCACUCCGCCCACCAGGGGGGGCUGUUCCCGCUCAGCACCGGCGAUCGCCUGUUCGUGACAGUGACCAACGCCUCCGCCGUGGACAUGGACGAGAAGAGCAGCUUUUUCGGGGCGUUUCUCAUCAGCUAGAGGCUCAAUGAGGGAGUCGCAAAAGGGAUUCCGCAAAUGGACGUUCAAGUUUUUUUUUUUUUUGUUUUUUUUUUAGAAUCACAAACCAAAAACUCUGACAACACUGGUUUCGUUGGCGGAGAAGAGAUGGACAUGGACUUGGGGCUGUUUGUAUGCGCGAGAACUCAACAGACUCAGCUAUUUUUUGUUUUUUUAAUGUGCGAGUGUGGACUGAACUUGGCAGAGAUCAAACAUUUAUUUAGGGCAGAACUUCUUUCAGCUUUUCUGGUCGUCGAUUAAACCACGAAAAAGGUGACAGAUUUAGAUAAAAAAAGGCUGUUAAGUCAUUAUAUACAUGCUAAUUUAUGCCACCUACAGGAAGUAAAAGCAGCUGCGUUUACAAAAAUCCGAUGCAGCACGAGUUGUGAUUGCGCAACAUAAUUUUGAAUGCAUUUUGUGAAGCAUUGCAUCAGAAAAUGUUACACAAUUUUCCCCAAAAAAGUUUUCACACUCAAGGUGAUUUUUGACAUUUUCGUAGAGUUAAUGCACUUCAUGGGAGAUGGGUACACCUGUAUUCUUUUGAAUAAAAUCUGCACAUUGUAGAUCCGUUCCUACGGCCCGACGUAUGUCAAUUUUCACCGGAAGUUGGAGCUCAAUCAGAAGAGUCUGACUUCAGCUUGGGAGCCAUAAUGAAGGGAAAAAAGUUAGUGAAUGUAGUGAAUGCACAAUCCAAGAUGGCGUACAACCGGCGAAUGUAAACAAAGCCGUCUUACAGUGCCGCUGGACGAUGUAUUCAUCCACUUCGCUCACCAACUAGUUCCACGUAACCAGUGCCGAUGCGACAACAAAACGCCGUACUUCGUAAACCAAAGCAGUUCUAACGCAACGACGUAAACCGAGGACCCCCCUCUACAGUUAAGAUAUCUCUCACAUGGCUGAUGAAAGAAAAAAAAAACCUACAGAAGCUUUACAGUAAAAGAGGAAACCAACGGAGGCUGAAAUCAGAACACGCAAGAACAAAAAAGGGAAAUUAAUCUACAAUUGUGGCAUCAUUUCAUGACUGAAGACAGUUUCUGAAGACUUCUUUCAGUUCUUCUACUUCCAUUUCAUCCAUUUUUUUUAGUAACUGGUCUUUUUUUUUUUUAAGCCUUACUGUGGUUUGUUAACGUGUCUAUUUUGACCUCUUUACAAAACAGCCGAGUUCUGCCACUAAGAAAUGUUUGUAUGAAACCCUUUUACCAGUUCAUUCUACUUGCAUAAAUUCGAGGUGAAUCUCUGGAUGUGUUUUUUAAAAAGAUGUACAUAUUGUGCUAUAUUUUGUGUUUUUUAGAACUUUUGUAAUAAGCCUUCAAAUUGUGAAUUGAGAAUUAGUUCGAAAAUGUGGAAAAAUGAAUUUUUCACAGUGAAGCUUCUGAUGUCCACAUUUUCAGCAUUUUUGGGAAAUCUUUGAAAAUUUUUGGUGGAAAAAACGAAAUGUUAAAAUAUUUCUGAAGAAUAUUCACAAAAAAAAAAAAUCAACCAGAAUCCAGCAAAAUUCGUUGGAUUUUGGUUGAUUUUUUUUCUGAACGUUCGUAAAGAAAAUAGAAGUUUAACUGAUAUAUACGUAAUCACUUUAGAUAUUUUUUUAAGCAUUUUUAUAGAAGAUUUUUACUCAUUUUUUGAAAAUAUUUACAAGAAUCUUCUUGCCAAAUUUGUAUUUUUUUUAAAUUAAACUUUCAAGGAAUUAUUGGAAUUUUCUUCCUGAAGGUUUUGCAAGUUUUUGUGGAUUGAAGAAAUUUGUGGAAUUUUUUGGCAGAAUUUUUUAUUUUUUUUUCAGACAUGGAAACAAUACUUUUUGGUGCCCAUAAAGGAGGACAACAGGAGGGUUAAGUAAACUUUACUUAUUUUUAUUAAGAAAAAUUUAAUUCACUGAUGCCUCUAACAAAUUAAUGGUUCCUGUUAAAGAUUCCGACACAGAUUGUUUUUUUCCAACAUGACAUGAAUGCACCAACCACUGUAGCAGUUAUGUAAAUAUAAAAAAAUGUCACGUUUUCUCUGUAAUUUGCUGUUUUCGUAUGAUUUUUUUUUUUUUUUUUUAAUAAAGUGGCUUUUUGGGUUUAGUUCUCUGGGACGAAACAUGAUGUUAAACAGACAGCAGUGAUUUUGGGUUUAAUUUAACAGCCUGCAGUAUUGAGCUCAGUAAAUUCCACAGCUGCAAACUUUCUGUUGUGAAUUAAGACAAAACUUACGUUCGGCCUCCGCGUAGGAAACAACCAGGAAUCUUCCACCUGCAGCCGUUUUUCUUUUCCUGCUGGAGCUCAAACACCUGCAAGGCAUCAGAAAGACAGAACUGCACGCUCAAACAGGCCGUUAGAGGUUGUUUUUCUUUCCAGAUAGAUAAAAAUUAAUGUGAAUGUAAAUAAACAAGUGUUUGUGUGUAAAUAUGUGAAAUAAAACUGAUGUUUUAAAAAAA